AAUAAACCUUGACUGAUGUGUGACUCCCAAGUUAUAACAAAACUAGAACUAAACGGUAGUACUUUCCUGGAUUGCAGUCAUCAAGACUUCCAAAAGGUUAUAAUGCCACGAAGACGAUCCACCACGGAGGGUAACGCGUCCACAACACCAAAGAAACGCCGCUACAAUUUACGAGAUACAGCAGCAAGACGACGACGUAACCUAGCAGAAAAUCCAGAGGGCAGAACUAAUACAAUAACAGACGAAGAAUUCAGAAAUAAACUCCCUAAUCUUAAAGAGAAAAAGGAACCUGGCAAAGUACUCUCCGUUUCCAAAGUUGACACACUGACGUAUGAGAACAGAAAAGCACAUAAUACCUACGAUUACGACCAAGAAGAUGUCAUCUUACGCCGUGGUCAGGAAUUCAAAGUGGACGUAGAGUUUGACCGAGAUAUAGAUGCUGAAUAUGAUUACGUUACUCUUCAGUUUGUGUUUGGAUCCCGACCCAAGGAGAGUAAAGGAUCAAUCAUACGUAUACCCAUCAACCUCAACAGUACCACAACAUCUACUGAUAUCGGUAAAUGUUGGAAGAUCGUUACAGAAAAACAGGAAUCCAAAGCGGUACGAUGUGUCAUCACCCCGCCACCAGAUGCCUGUAUUGGGGAUUACGAAUUUUUCGUUGAAACCAAACUAAAAGAUGGCAAGGAAAGUUCCAGACAUAAAUUUGAUGGAAGGAUUAUAAUCCUCUUCAACCCAUGGUGUAAAGAUGAUUCUGUAUACAUGGAUGACCCUUCAUUCAGGGAGGAGUAUGUGAUGAAUGACUCAGGAAGGAUAUGGGUCGGUAGUAAGUGGAGGAACUAUGGCAGAGCUUGGAACUUUGGACAGUUUGAUGAGCCUGCAUUAGAUGCCGUAUUUUAUCUUCUCGACAAAGCUGAAUUAUCGGACGAAGCGAGAAAUAGCCCUGUAUCUAUCAUACGGACAAUAUCGGCAUUUGUAAACAGUUUAGAUAACGAUGGUAUGCUGGAAGGAAGAUGGACUGCAGACUACCCUGAAGAUUGUACAAAGCCAACAGCAUGGACCGGAAGUGUCGCCAUUAUCAAACAGUACAUGGAAACCAAGGAACCAGUACAAUUUGGACAAUGUUGGGUCUUUUCUGGUCUUACUACCACCUUAUGUAGAGCUAUAGGUAUUCCUACACGAUCUGUGACGAAUUUCGAGUCGGCCCACGAUACUGACUGUAGUAUGACGAUCGAUAGACAUUAUGACGCUGAGGGAGAACCUUUGGAAUACUUAGACGAUUCGGUUUGGAAUUUCCAUGUUUGGAAUGAUUCUUGGUUUAAACGAUAUGAUCUUCCAGAUGGUUAUGAUGGUUGGCAAGCUCAUGAUGGAACUCCUCAAGAAACCAGUGAAGGUGUAAUGCGAUGUGGACCAGCUCCCUUACGUGCAAUAAAAGAUGGCCAUGUUUACCUUAACUACGAUGUUGGUUUUGUAUUCUCAGAAGUCAAUGGUGAUAGAAUUGUUUGGGAGGUAAAUGAAGAUAAAGGAACUAUGGAAGUUAUGCAGAUAGACAGACACUCUGUUGGUUGGAACAUAAGUACAAAAGCAGUUGGUAGUGACCUUGUUGAAUUGUUAGAUGAACAAUAUAAACACUGGGAAUAUUCGGAUGAGGAAAGGCGAGUUGUGAAAUUCGUUCAUAGAUUUAGUACACGCCGCCAGGAGAACAUUUAUAACUUGGACACGAAGAAGGAGAUUGAUUUCAACAUAAUGCUGCCACACAACGCUAUGGUUGGAGAAGACUUCUCUGUGUGUGUCAUGGUGAAGAAUGUUGCAGAUGAGAAAAGGGAUAUUAUUGUCAAAUCAACGCUUGUUAAUUCCUUUUAUACUGGCCUUCCUGGUAAACGUGUGAAGACCAUGAAAUUUACUGAAACCUUAGAUGCCGGAGAAGAGAAGAAGAUAGUUUUACCUGUCACUUAUAAAGAAUAUGGACCUACCAUGAAUCCAGAAGCUCGCUUCCAAAUCUUCAUCACUGGAAAGAAUGUAUCUACAGGCAGAAUGCAUGCCAUCGAGGAAUCCUUCGUUCUCAAUAAACCUGAAAUCAUAAUAGAGGUUCCAGAAGAGGUGGAGUAUGGUGAAGAGACUGAAGCAACUUUGACAUUUACAAACACAACAGGGUUUAAACUGACACAGUGUGCCUUCUAUGUUGAAAGUCCUGGCUGCUUAGAUGCAGUAAAAUUAGAACAUACGCGAACUUUGUUACCAGGCAAAGAUUGGUCAGAGACUGUUAAACUAAAACCAAGGAGAAAAUACCGAUCGAGACGUGAGGUCGUGGCAGAGUUUACCUCUAAAGAGAUUGUAGGCAUGGAAGGCAACUGUCGGUUUAAGGUGGUUAAUUUGAUAAAAUAAACUAAAACGAGGUGUGCUAUGGUCUUACCUGCAAUCAAAAGAUGAUCUCAUCAUUGUAUCAUCUCUUCGUAUGGCUGCUAUCAUUACAUACAUUUGUAUUCAUUGGAAUUUUCCUCAUAUAAUAAAAAUUGAAUGU